AUGUACCGCAUCCGACCGGCCCAGCGGGAGCCUGGAUCAUGUCCGACGCCUCGGUCCCGCCCCCUGCCGCGCUCGCCGUCAGCAGAACAUGUUGUGGACCAAUCAGGACACAGGUUCAUGAGUGACCACCACCACAUCCACAUGCCUUCGUGGGGCAUCGCAGCCUUGGUUAUCGUGUGCGGGUUCCUGGGGUUGUCAUGUGCCUUUUGUGUGUGGAAGAAAUGCUUGAAGAAGAAGGACAAGGAGAAAGAGAAGGAGAAGAAAAAUGACAAAGAGAAGGGAAAGGCUUGCAACACAGAAAUGAAUGGAAAAAACACAGAGCCCAUCAAGGAUGAAGGUGACAAAGAGACUGGGCUGUCAGACGCCAAACCAGAGGAAUUGGAGAAACUGGGAAGGUUACACUUCAGCCUGGACUACAACUUCCCAGAGAACUCACUGGUUGUAGGUAUUCUGCAGGCCGAUCAGCUCCCUGCCAUGGACGUGGGAGGCAGUUCUGACCCCUACGUUAAACUCUUCCUGCUCCCGGACAAGAAGAAGAAGUUUGAGACGAAAGUCCACAGGAAAACCCUGGAGCCUGACUUUAACGAGAUCUUCACGUUUAAGAUACCAUACACGGAACUCGGCGGAAAGACGUUGGUGAUGACGGUGUACGACUUUGAUCGCUUCUCCAAACACGACGCCAUCGGGGCCGUGCGAGUCCCCAUGAGCAGCCUGGACUUCAGCCACUCCCUGCAGGAGUGGAGGGACCUGCAAAAGGCAGAGAAGGAGGAGAGUGAGCGCCUGGGGGAUAUCUGCUUGUCGCUGAGGUACGUGCCAACAGCAGGAAAGCUCACAGUGGUGGUUCUGGAGGCGAAGAACCUGAAGAAGAUGGACGUAGGAGGGCUGUCAGACCCUUACGUGAAGAUCCACCUGAUGCAGAACGGCAAGCGAAUGAAGAAGAAGAAAACGACCACCAAGAAGCACACGUUGAACCCUUAUUUCAAUGAGUCCUUCAGCUUUGAGGUGACCUUUGAACAGCUAGAGAAGGUGCAAUUAGCGGUGACUGUGUUGGACUAUGAUAAGAUUGGGAAAAAUGAUGCCAUUGGAAAAGUGCUACUGGGCGGUAACAGCACUGGGACCGAGCUCUGUCAUUGGUCGGACAUGCUGGCCAAUCCCAGACGACCAAUCGCACAGUGGCAUGCUUUGAAACCAGAGGAGGAAGUCAAUGCUUUAAUGUCCAACAAGAAAUGA